AUGCCUCCGCGGAACGUGACAGCCAACCCCCACAGCCAUGCCAACAACAUCGGUAGUGGAAGGACCAACGGCAAGCCGGUAGCACGAGGCCCUCAUGACCACCCACGCCCGAAGCGGGAGGAGGCCAAGGCAGAGGAGCCUGCAUCCCCGCCUGGCCCCAUCAUCAAGACACAGAUUACAAACACCGCCAAGGCGUCCUCUGGCAAGAGCUUUCUCGACGCACUGCGCGUUGGUGCCGGCAAGCGUCCGAGCAAUGCGACUCCUGCUGCCGUAGAACAGCCAGCAGCGCCACCACCGGCAGCCGCCGUCGAGGCCGCCGUCGAAGCAGAGGCAGGGCCGGUGGUGGCGGUUGUGGAAGCACCAGCAGUAACCCCGGAGCCUGAGGCGCCCGCCGUAGAAACUGCAGCCCCAGCGGUGGAUGUUUCACCCGUUGAGGAGGCGGCGCCGCAACCCGCCAGUGAACAGCCAGUUGUAGAGCCGAGUUCAGAGACGCCAACUCCGCCACCUCAGCAAUCGCAAUCGCAAUCGCAACCGCAACCGCAACCGCAACCGCAGCAGCCUGUGACGCUCCCCGAAGCUAACGCACACUUUAGUUGGGCCAAUGACGACGAUUACAGUUUUGUGAAUCAGUUUACGCAGUCCCAACAGGGGGAGCAGGUGCAGCCAGUCGCCCCUGCCUACCUUGUCCAGUACCCCCAGGACGUUGUCGACGCACAGGAGAAGGACAGUCGGGUCGUGUUCAAGGCCCCAGGGGAGCAGCAAACAAUGCCAAGUGCGUUUGCUGCGUUGGAUAAGGAGCGGCGCGAGCUCCAAGAUGCGCGCCACGACUUUGAGGAGUACCGCAAGCAGACAGAACUUGAGCUGGGUGACAAACGUGCGCAGUUGGCUACGCUUGAGCGUCAACUGCAGGAGCAGAGUGAAAGCAUUCAACAAGAGCGUGCCAAACUCAUUGAGCAACAACAGCAGUUGCAGCAGCAGCAGCAGCAACAACAACAACAACAGCAACAGCAACAGCAGCAACAGCAGCAGCAGCAGCAGCAUCAUCAUCACUCUCAGCAAUCGCCAGUUCGCAGCGCUCCUGUGGCCCCUCCUGCUCCCCCGCAGCAGGUUCCACAGCCUGCCCCCGGUUACACUUACUCCCCUGGCAUGCAGGACAAUAUGCAGUGGGCUCCCCCGCCGCGCCCCGACAACUGGGCACUCAACCAUGGCCCCAUUGUGCCGCCGUACGAGCAUAACCGCUAUUACCAGAACAUGAAUUACCAACCACAUCGUGGCAAGCCCUUCGGUGGCAGGGGCGGUGAUGUGCCUCCGCACAUGGGUCGCGGAAACCCGAUGCGCUCGAACCCACACAUGCAGGGCAACUUUAACAAUCGUCCAAUGGGGGCUGGGGACAUGCGUGGACCCAUGCCUGACGGUGGCGCGAACCCCAUCUUCAACCCGCGUUCGCAGGUGGGUUACAUGCAGGCGAAUACGUAUCACAACCAGUGGUGA